AUGGAAUUUCCCUCUUCUUUCACUAGUACUGAAAGAGCAUUUGUUCACCGGCUCUGUCAGUCUCUUGGCCUGAUAUCUAAAAGUAAAGGAAAAGGAGCAAAUCGAUACCUGACUGUAAGGAAGAAGGAUGGAUUAGAACUAACACAUGCAGUAAUGACUUGUUGCUUGGCUCCCAGUACGAAACAUGCUGUUAGGAGUUUAAUUCAGAGAUUUCCUGUCACAAAUAAAGAACGAACAGAACUUCUGCCAAAGACGGAGCGAGGAAAUGCGUGUGCUGUUGAAUCUGAAAACAGAGACGUGAACAAGACAAGCGGACGACUUAACAACGGUAUCCCCCAGGUUCCAGUGAAAAGAGGGGAAUCAGAGUUUGAUUCCUUCAGGCAAUCACUACCAGUUUUUGAAAAGCAGGAAGAAAUUGUCAAAAUAAUAAAGGACAAUAAAGUUGUUCUGAUUGUAGGAGAGACUGGAUCAGGAAAAACUACUCAAAUCCCUCAGUUCCUUCUUGAUGACUGUUACAAAAAUGGAACUCCAUGCCGUAUAUUUUGCACUCAGCCAAGACGUUUGGCAGCUGUUGCUGUGGCUGAAAGAGUGGCAGCAGAAAGAAGAGAAAAGAUUGGCCAGACAAUUGGUUAUCAAAUCCGAUUAGAAAGCAGGGUUUCUCCAAAGACACUGUUAACAUUUUGCACUAAUGGCAUACUACUUCGCACGCUAAUGGCAGGAGACAGCACUCUAUCAACUGUGACCCAUGUUAUUGUGGAUGAAGUACAUGAGAGGGAUAGGUUCAGUGACUUCUUGUUAAUAAAACUGAGAGAGAUGUUGCAAAACCAGACUAAUUUAAAACUAAUUAUUUCUAGUGCUGCUCUAGAUGCAAAUCUCUUUAUUAGGUAUUUUGGAAGUUGCCCAGUAAUACACAUACAAGGAAGACCUUUUGAAGUUAAAGAGAUGUUUUUGGAGGACAUUUUACGAAGCACUGGGUAUACAAACAAAGAGAUGGUAAAGUACAAAAAAGAGAAGCAGCGAGAAGAAAAACAGCAAAGCACUCUUACUGAGUGGUGUUCUGCUCGAGAAAAUAAUAGCAAACGGGAAUCUCAGAGACAAAGAUCUGUCCCAAAUACAACUGAAGAGUAUAAUCUGUUGGAUGAUGGUGGUGACACAGUAUUUAAUCAACUGACUGAAAAAGAUGCGAAUUGCCUUGAACCGUGGCUAAUAAAAGAAAUGGAUUCUUGUCUUUCUGACAUCUGGUUGCAUAAAGAUAUUGAUUCCUUUGCUCAGGUGUUCCAUCUCAUUUUAACUGAAAAUGUCAGUGUUGAUUAUAGGCACAGUGAAACCAGUGCAACUGCCCUAAUGAUUGCUUCAGGGAGAGGCUUUCUGAGUCAAGUAGAACAACUGAUCAGUAUGGGAGCAAGUAUCCACUGCAAGUCAUCCAAUGGCUGGAUGGCUUUGGACUGGGCUAAGCGCUUUGGACAGACAGAGGUUGUUGACCUGUUGGAGUCCUACAGCGCUUCAGUGGAAUUUGGAAAUCUCGAUGAAAGUUCCCUGGUCCAAACAAGUGAUAGUGACCUUAGUGCAGAGGACAGAGAACUGUUGAAAGCUUAUCAUCACAGUUUUGAUGAUGAAAAAGUGGAUCUGGACCUGAUUAUGCACUUACUUUAUAACAUCUGUCAUAGUUGUGAUGCUGGAGCGAUUUUAAUAUUUCUUCCUGGAUAUGAUGAGAUAGUUAGCCUGAGGGACCGUAUUCUUUUUGAUGACAAGAGAUUUGCUGAUAAUGCUCACAGAUACCAAGUUUUCAUGCUUCAUUCAAAUAUGCAGACUUUGGAUCAGAAGAAGGUGCUUAAAAGUCCACCUUCUGGCGUCCGCAAAAUAAUUCUUUCUACUAAUAUUGCAGAAACCAGCAUAACGGUCAAUGAUGUUGUAUUUGUUAUUGACUCAGGCAAGAUGAAAGAGAAGUCUUUUGAUGCACUGAGUUGUGUUACAAUGCUAAAAAUGGUGUGGAUUUCAAAAGCCAGUGCUAUCCAGAGAAAAGGCAGGGCUGGACGCUGUCAGCCUGGAGUCUGUUUUCGUCUCUUCAGCAGGCUCCGAUUUCAGAAUAUGUUGGAAUUUCAGACUCCAGAACUUCUAAGAAUGCCACUUCAGGAGCUUUGUUUACACACAAAACUUCUGGCUCCAAUUAAUUGUCCAAUUGUUGACUUUCUUAUGAAAGCUCCUGAUCCUCCACCAGCUUUAAUUGUGAGAAAUGCUGUGCAAAUGCUUAAGACAAUAGAUGCCAUGGACCCUUGGGAAGACCUCACUGAACUUGGUUAUCAUCUCACUGAAUUACCAGUAGAGCCACACCUUGGUAAAAUGGUGUUGUGUGCUGUUGUUCUGAAGUGCCUGGAUCCUAUUCUUACUAUUGCUUGCACUCUUGCAUAUCGAGACCCUUUCGUCCUACCUACACUGGCCUCUCAAAAGCGUGCAGCCAUGCUGUGUAGAAAACGUUUUACUGCAGGAACAUUUAGUGACCAUAUGGCGCUUCUCAGGGCUUUCCAGGCAUGGCAGAAGGCACGCAGUGAUGGCUGGGAGAGAGCCUUCUGUGAAAAGAACUUCCUUUCUCAAGCCACGAUGGAAAUCAUCAUAGGAAUGAGAACACAGUUGCUUGGCCAGCUUAGAGCCUCAGGUUUUGUUAGAGCCAGAGGAGGAGCUGAUAUUAGAGAUGUUAAUACUAACUCUGAAAACUGGGCUGUAGUUAAAGCUGCCUUAGUGGCUGGGAUGUAUCCCAAUCUAGUGCAUGUAGACAGAGAAAGCUUGGUUUUGACUGGACCAAAGGAGAAGAAAGUGCGAUUUCAUCCUACCUCUGUUCUUAGUCAACCUCAGUAUAAAAAGAUUCCGCCGGCAAAUGGGCAAGCUGCAGCCAUUCAGGCACUCCCUACAGACUGGCUUAUAUAUGAUGAAAUGACGAGAGCUCACAGGAUAGCAAAUAUCAGAUGCUGUUCUGUUGUAACACCUGUCACUGUGUCACUCUUCUGUGGACCAGCUAGAUUACCAAGUAAUGCUUUGCAGGAACCUUCAUCCUUUCGAGGGGAUGGGGUAUCUAAUGAUAACAGUGAUAGUGAGAUGGAGGACAAAACAACUGCUAAUUUGGCACUACUGAAGCUAGAUGAAUGGCUCCAUCUCAAACUGGACCCUGAAGCUGCUGGUUUGCUGUUGCAACUCAGACAGAAGUGGCAUAGCUUAUUUCUGCGUCGUAUGCGAGCUCCUUCUAAACCGUGGUCUCAGGUUGAUGAAACAACUGUAAGAGCAAUUAUAGCUGUUUUAAGUACUGAAGAACAGUCUGCAGGUUUGCAGCAGCCUUCAGGAAUUGGUCAGAGACCAAGACCUAUGACUUCUGAAGAACUUCCUUUAGCAUCUACAUGGAGGUCAACCAACAGUAGAAAAAGCUCAGCAGAAACUGAAUUCUCUGAUGACUCCUCUAAUACUGAAAAAGUUUUAAUGAAAUCUACGCCUCCCGCACUUCACCAGCCAAAGAAGUACAAAGAAAAAAACAUUCUGCACUCCAAACGAACUUCAGAUGACAGGUCAGAUCAAUCAUCAGUGAAGUCUACAGACAGCAGUAGCUAUCCUAGCCCCUGUGCUAGUCCUUCCUCUCCAAUAUCUGGAAAGGGUUCCAAAUCUCCUUCACCAAGACCAAAUAUGCCAGUUCGGUACUUUAUAAUGAAAAGUAGCAACUUGCAAAACAUUGAUAUUUCUCAACAGAAGGGUAUAUGGUCUACUACACCAAGUAAUGAACGAAAACUAAAUAGAGCCUUUUGGGAGAGCAGCAUGGUUUACUUAAUAUUUUCUGUUCAAGGGUCUGGACACUUUCAGGGUUUUGCUAGAAUGGCUUCAGAGAUAGGGUGCGAGAAAAGUCAAGACUGGGGAUCUGCUGGUUUCGGAGGUGUAUUUAAGGUGGAGUGGAUCUGCAAAGAAAGCAUUCCUUUUCAGUUUGCACACCAUUUGCUCAACCCUUGGAACGACAAUAAGAGAGUACAAAUAAGCAGAGACGGCCAGGAGCUGGAACCACAAGUUGGAGAGCAGUUGCUACAGCUUUGGGACCAUAUUCCUUUGGCAGGAAAAACCUCAACUGAUUGACUGUGGUUGUUGAAACAUCAGCUGUAACCACUAGAACCAGCAGCGUGCCUACAAUAUAAAGAUGAGGAAGAAGGUGGCGCAACAAGCUCCGAAGUUGUUAGUCAUGCUGUGCAGCUAGCAGUGGAAAAAUAAGAGGAAAUUAUGUUGGUUUCAGUAUUUCCUUGUCUUAGCAAAUGUCAUAACAUUAUUCACCAGCCUGUUUUUGACUGAAUUAUUUUUUUACAGUAGCGUGCAGUUGAUAUUUAAGAACAUGGUUAAGUUCAAAACUAAGUUUGAAACAAAGGACCACAUAUAAGUUGUUUGUAGGUUUAAAAUAGCACAGCAGACAGUUUAAAUAUACAGUUUACAUUUAAAGCUUUCUCAACACAGUAAAAUGUAUGAGAGAAACCAGUGUAAUAUUAAUUAAUCAAUCUUCCAGUUUGCGUAAAAUAAAUAAAUUGAGAAUAGAUGUCUCCAAAUAUAUUGGAAGAUUUUGUAAGUAUUUGUUGAACUUCUAUAUGCACGGUGCAAGAGAGCAGGAUAUAUUCAUACAAACAACUGGGCAGCUGGAGAAUGUAAAAUUGUAAUUUAAAUACAUAAGUGAAAGGAGCAUGAGACUUGAGAGUGGAUUGGUCCAGCGGUGUUCCCAGUUUCAGUUAUUUUUCACCUUUAAAAGGUACUCACACUUUGGCAAGCUGAAACAGUCUUUCAGAGGCCUGCUGCCAAAUGCUAUUCUAAUAGUUCAUUAACUUGGGCAUUAUUAGAAGAUUUUUAUUUCUUUCAAAAAAAAAAAAAACAACCCACCAAAAAACCAGUACCACUUUCUUCAUCUUUCAACGUAGUCUUCAUGCUUUCUUUCUAUACUUCUUCUUUCAAUUUCUUUCUUCUUCUGUACUACUGUUGUUUUGUUUUAUUGGGCUUCUCCUUAGUCGUUAACCUACUGUAUAAAUUUAGUCUGCUCACUGUCAGCCCUACGUUUGUGGUCAUUCUUAGAUUAAACCAAGAGCUUUUUCUGCUUCUGAGCCUGUAUUUACGUUUUUCAUGUGUGCUAAGAAUAUUCAUGCAGUUCAGAGUACCCUGUGUAUCCAUUUUUGUAUUCUGUGUAGUGACUUCCAUACAUAAACAGUCAGUUUUGCCUUUGCAAGACUAACUGGGUGCUUGUAAGGCUAGUAUUGCCUAAUACGGUAUUUCUGGAGACAGUGCAUACAACGGAGCUGUGAGGCUCGUAUUGCCUUAUACGAUACUUCCAGGCCCAUGCCCACAAAGCAAUGAGGGGCGGUAUUGCCUUGUACAGGAUUCCUAGGCCCCAUGCACACCAGGGACAGAGCUGGCACAGAGGGGGAGCAGAGGUGGGGUGCAAUUUUUGGUUAACAAGUCCAAAUAGUGCUUCUGUGGCUCGAUGAUAAAAAGGACAGUCCAACCAAGGAAUUUGCAUUCCCCGAGGUCGUUGGCUGGUCCGGGUCACUUGUCUGGAGAAGAGCUGCUGCCUGCCUGACAGCCAUGGUCAUGUAAGUCUUUGCAUGCCUGCAUGUUAGGUCCAGCCCAGUCUUGGUGAAUUACUUGACUUGCUGUUGUUACGACCCAGAUAAUUGUACUACUGAUCUGUAUUUCUUCCUGUACUGUUAUUUAAACUCUUUGUCCCUGAAGCUGUUGGUCUGGUGUCUGUUACCAUAUCCUGAACCUAUAACUUGGCAGGGCUGCCUUAAGCCCUUACACUCUGGUGUCAGAAGUGGGAUAUGGUACACUGCAUCAUGACCAACCCUGACCCUGUAGUGGAUGCCUUAGUUGAUUAUUUUAGGACCUUGCCCUGCCCGCAGAUGUCAGAUUCUACUUUGAUUAGAGAAAAUCAGAAAGACAGAAACACAAAGAGAGAGUUACCCUGCUUAUAUCUCCUUAGCUCAUUGCCUUGGAGAUGCUUAGAGAUGCAGCGUUUGAAAGCAGCCCAAGCCCAAGUUGCCUACCUAUGAAACUAAUUGGCCCACACCCUGCAGGACACUGGGGCUGCAAUAGAGGAGAAGACUUUAGCCCUGGCCUGUGUUAAAAGCCAUCAGGCUAAUGUAGAGAAACCAGAGCAAUGCAUAGUCCCGCAUGUAGCAGUAUCUGUCUGGGAAAAACUUGACCAUCGUCUGGAAGGUGUGGAAAAGGGAAUUUCUUCAUAUAAAGACCCAGACGACAGGGGCGAUACUUGAUCUGAUUCAGAUUCAGACAAUGCUGUGUCAAAUUCUUCCCUUCCUGAAGACUUACUAAUGCAACCAGUUGUUAAAACAGAGUAUGAUGCUACUUGGAUAUAUGACAGAUGGCUCUGCAUGCUCUUUCAUGAGCACAGACCUAGCCAAACUGAGUGCUAUUACAAAUCUGUUACGAUGGAUUAUUUAACCUGGCUUGCAAAUACAUUACGUGACAGGGGGGGGACACCGUCUGAGUUUCAGACUGGAAAGCCUGGAGACUCACUUUGGGAUCUGGGAUCCAACUACAUCUUCCAGCUGGGAGUGUAGACACUGCCUUCUGGGCAGCAUUAGCAUAUAUUCAGAGAAGUACCCCGAGAUGACUGAGGACCCCGGCCAUUCCCUAGGCCAAUCCCACAGAUUUGGAAUUGAGCAUUGCUAGGCUGGUUAUCAGUCAUGCUUUAGAAGUAGCGCCUGUGGCAGAGGAGGACCUAUGUUGACAUUGUCCCAUGUGGCCCACUGGUGCCCACUAUUUGAAAAGGGUCCUGGUCCACCCAGAGCCCAUUUAAAGUCAAUAGGCACUGGCCUUACAGGCACAGCACCCAGCCCUACAUGGGCCCAGCUCUUAAAAAAGGUAGUUUCUGCUGUGCCCAGUCAUACCUCCUGUCCAGGUGGUUAAAAAUGGCCCUAAACGUGUGCAAAGAAGAGGAGUGCGCAGGAGCUAAUUAUGUAUUGAGAUGCUUUUAAGUACACUUGAAACUACUUUCCUCUUCUUCCAUGAUUUGUCAAUGUUUUCAUGGCGAUCAGACUUCAUACAGUUGUUUUCAUUUUAGCAGAUACUUUAGCACGUACUUUAAAACAAGGUUCACAUCAUUUUGCUUGUUUCACGUCUUUGUUUUAAUGACUUUAAUGCUGACAAAACUAGGAUAAAUCCAUGCUGACGGUGUGGACAGUUAAUGUCAUCUUUUUCGUUCUAAUAAGCUGAAAUUUGUUUUUCAGUUGUACUCCGUCUUCCUUUCCUGUUUGUAUUUUCUGCUUUCUCUCCUUUUCCCAUUAAGUUGCGCAUAACUUCAUGGGUAUGCAUUCAGGAUUGCUGUUAGCAUCUGAACUCAGGAAAGACCAUAUCAGAGAUGAGCAGCGUUUAGAGAACAGGUCUAGGGGACUUUUCUUGAAGCUACUGAAGCAUCAAAAGUUCAUCUGUAAGGAGAUAAUUACGCUGCUUUUUAAAUGAUGAUUAAAAAAAAAAAAAGCAGCUUACCUCUGAUCUCUCUAAUUGUAUGCUCAGUGCCGCAGUGUAUCAGUGCUUCCGAGUGACUUCUGAGACCACCUUUAGAAGACAAAGUCAACCAGUAGUUGCUGUUGCUCAUCCUUUGCACUCCUGUCAUUCAGUAACAAUAAGAGAUGGUCUGUAAAACUGAAGGUAAAUGCUUUUUCCAUAAACAGCAAUACUGCAACUUGUCUAUGCCACAGUCUGCAAGGAGCAUCAUAUAGUAUAUUUUAUAUCUAUAGUAGAUUUAAGUGUUUUCAUAAUUGAACUAAAUUACUAAAAGAGGUUAUUUUGAAUGAAGGAACACUGAACAAUAUUAUGUAUAGUAAUUUGUUUUGCUGUGCAAAGUAAUUUGCAGAACUAUUUCUAAAUAAAAAUACGUGUUGUCAUGCCUUUUUCAAUGUGCUGUCAUUGCCUUUUUAAUCUGAAGUGAACAACUGUUUCUUGCUAAUACCAUAGUAAUACACAUUUCUGAAUUGUAACUUUCAAUAGAUCAGCAUAAAUUAUUUUUGAGUGAGUCUGUCUGAACG